AAGCCUGAAUAACGGUACAAACCCUACCGCCAAACCAAAGCAGCCCUAAAAUAAAUUGAAUUGGCCGACUAGAGAGCGAGAGCGAGAACAACCAUAACAAUGGGGACCUCUGAAAACGCCGCCAGUGGCGGCCGAGGUGCCGCCGUCCCUAAAGAGGUUGACUAUGCGAAUUACUUCUGCACUUACUCCUUCCUCUACCACCAAAAAGAGAUGCUCUCCGAUCGUGUUCGCAUGGACGCUUACUUCAAUGCCGUUUUUGAAAACAAACAUCACUUCAAGGACAAGGUUGUUUUGGAUGUGGGAGCUGGAAGUGGCAUUCUUGCUAUAUGGUCAGCUCAGGCAGGUGCGAAGAAGGUGUAUGCAGUUGAAGCUACUAAGAUGUCUGAACACGCACGUGCACUUGUCAAAGCAAAUAAUCUUGAUCACAUUGUCGAAGUCAUUGAGGGCUCCAUGGAGGAUAUUAAUUUGCCAGAGAAAGUUGAUGUCAUCAUCUCUGAAUGGAUGGGUUAUUUUCUUCUGCGCGAAUCUAUGUUUGAUUCUGUUAUAUGUGCCCGUGACCGCUGGCUCAAACCAACAGGAGUGAUGUAUCCUAGUCAUGCUCGCAUGUGGAUGGCACCUAUCAGGACUGGGAUAGUAGAACAAAAAGCUGGUGAUUACCAGUCAGCUAUGGGUGAUUGGCACAACUUUGUCGAUGAAACAAAAGCCUUCUAUGGUGUUGACAUGAGCACUUUGGCGAAGCCUUUUGCUGAGGAGCAGAGGAAAUACUAUCUACAGACAUCAUUGUGGAGCAAUCUUCAUCCACAUCAAGUCAUAGGAACUGCUGGUAUAAUAAUGGAAAUUGACUGUUUGACUGCCACAGUGGCUGACAUAGAGAAAGUUAGUUCAAAAUUUUCUCUAUCAAUAACUAUGGAAAACACAAAAUUAUGUGGAUUUGGAGGGUGGUUUGAUGUACAUUUUCGGGGACGAAGUGAGGAUCCAGCUGAACAUGAAAUUGAGUUAACUACUGCUCCUAGUGUAGAUUACUGUACACAUUGGGGCCAGCAGGUUUUCCUAUUAAAUCCUCCUACACAUGUGAGUCAAGGUGAUGAGUUAAGUGUUAAUUUUCUGAUGAGUCGCUCGAAGGAAAACCAUCGUUUGAUGGAGGUUGAACUUGGGUGUGAGAUUCAAAAGCAUUCUGGCAAGCUUAUUGCACCUUUCAAAAAUAAGUACUACAUUGAAUGACAGUUUAGAUUCCUUGUUCUGGGGGACUUGAGCAAUACACCAGGAAGGAGUAUUACAUGAUUUGUAAUUUUAUCGAACUGUACGGUUAUCAAGGGUUGUAUGAGUUCAAUUUUGUUUACAGAAGAAAAGCAGUUUCCAUUGCUUUUAACUCUUGGUUCUUCCAAUCAUUUGGUUGUGACAUGCAACCCGUAAGGAUAUUUAUUGUUAAGCGUGAUUUGGUGACGAUUGGAUAAAUACCGUAUUCGUACUUGUUCCCAACUUUCAAGCGAAGCUUGUGGUUUUUUUUGUUAUAUAUAUUUAUGUGACAUUAUUUACUGUAGUUUAUAUUUAUUGGUUAUUUGUCAGAUGCCUGACUGUUUUUA